AUGGCAAUGGACAUGACGAGCCGUCUGGGAAAGCAGCGCAACGGGGCCGGCGUCAGCCACGCGGUCUCGUUCCUCCUCGGGGCCCUUCUCCCCACGGUGCUGAUCUUCUUCCUCGCCGCCGAUCGGGUCGGCGUGCAGCUGGCCACCAUAUCGAGCUUCCAGUUCGGGAAUGGAUCGACUCACCAGCUGGCUACUAGCAAUGCUACUAACCUCCCAGGUGACGGCUCGGGCGGCGAAAAGGAGGAAGCAUUCCCGGGGCUCGCGGAGCUGCUGCCAAAGGUUGCCAUGGACGACGGGACGGUGAUCAUCACGGCGGUGAACGAGGCGUGGGCGCGCCCAGGCUCCCUCCUCGACCUCUUCCUCGGCAGCUUCCGCGACGGCGACGGGAUCGCGCACCUCCUCAACCACACCCUCAUCGUCGCCGCCGACCCCGGCGCCUUGGCACUUUGCCAGGCCGUGCACCCGCACUGCUACCUCCAUGAGGUCACCUCCGCCAACGUUAGCUCCGCUAACAGCUUCAUGACCAAGAGCUAUCUCGAGCUCAUCUGGGCCAGGCUCGAGGUCCCACAACGUAUCCUCCAACUUGGCUACAACUAUCUCUCCACCGAUGUGGAUGUCAUGUGGUUGCGCAACCCGUUCCGGCACAUCAGCCUUUACGCCGACGUGGCCAUGUCGACCGACCGCUUCUACGGCAAUGCCGAGGACCUACAAAAUGUGGGAAACGGCGGCUUCUACUACAUUAGGUCGACAAACCGGACGGUGGAGAUGCUAAGUCGUUGGCUGGCAGCGAGGUCGCGGUUCCCCUCCGCCCAUGACCAAGGAGUGCUGAAUGAGAUCAAGGCCGAGCUCGCAGCCGGUGACCUACAGAUCAAGUUCGUGUUCCUUGAUACGGUGAUCUUUGGCGGUUUCUGCCAGUUCCACGAAGAGAUGGACAAGGUAUGUACGAUGCACGCCAAUUGCUGCAUCGGGCUCGAGAACAAGGUGGACGACCUCACCAACAUGAUUGCCGGUUGGAAGAACUACACGAGUAAGACGCCAUCGGACAAGUUCAAGUGGACGUUCCCCACCAAGUGCAAGGCGUCGAUGGGAAAACGCUAAUUAGUGAAAUGGAGUAUUAUAAGAACACAAUCUAGCAUUCCAGAUGCAAAAAGAACGAAAGAGAAUUA